CAAAUCGCGGGGCAUUGUGGGGCGGAGGCGGCCUUUCUCUGCGUCCAAGCGAUCGGGAAAUCUUCAAGUAAAUAACGUUAACCGGGGGAGGAGCAGUGCGAGCACAGCCUGUUUAAGAAAAACCAACACAUCAAAAUUGUGUUGCGCUUAGCUUAAAUUAUUAAACAAUCGUAAUAUUACAGAAAUAUGGGGCAGGAGGAUCUCAUGAACACAGCCGAAGACGUGGCAGACCAGUUCCUGCGGGUAACCAAACAGUACCUGCCCCACCUGGCGCGUCUUUGUCUCAUCAGCACCUUCCUGGAAGAUGGCAUCCGCAUGUGGUUCCAGUGGAAUGAGCAGAGAGAUUACAUCGAGGCGACCUGGAGCUGUGGCUACUUUCUGGCUACGUGCUUUGUGCUGCUUAACCUCAUAGGACAGCUGGGUGGUUGUGUCCUCAUCCUCAGUAGAAAUUUUGUACAGUAUGCUUGCUUUGGACUAUUUGGCAUCAUAGCGCUACAGACUGUUGCAUACAGCAUUUUAUGGGACCUCAAAUUUUUGAUGAGAAACCUCGCCCUGGGAGGUGGUCUGCUCCUGCUGCUGGCCGAGUCUCGCUCGGAAGGAAAGAGCAUGUUUGCUGGAGUCCCCUCCAUGGGCGAGAGCUCGCCAAAGCAGUACAUGCAGCUGGGUGGACGAGUGCUGCUCGUGCUCAUGUUCAUGACUCUGCUGCACUUUGACUCCAACUUCUUCUCUAUCCUGCAGAACAUGGUUGGAACUGCACUUAUCAUCUUGGUGGCCAUCGGCUUCAAAACCAAGCUGGCGGCGUUGACCCUCGUCGUGUGGCUUCUGGCCAUCAACGUCUACUUCAACGCCUUCUGGACCGUCCCCGCCUACAAGCCCAUGCACGACUUCCUCAAGUACGACUUCUUCCAGACCACCUCAGUCAUCGGCGGCCUGCUACUGGUGGUGGCACUUGGACCUGGUGGAGUGUCCAUGGAUGAGAAAAAGAAAGAGUGGUAGGCAAAGGGGGUUAAGAUCAGAGGAUUGCACAGCACCACUAACUUCCCCCACCGACUGGGACACAAAGACCCUCCCUCACCUCCAGUUCCCCCCCACCAGGGUCACGUUUUUUUGUUCGUUUGUUUCUUUUCUAGGUUAUUUUUUUGUUAGGCCAAAUCCACAGACACCACCUCAUGGACAAUUUUUUUCUAUUUUUCUCCAAACUACUGUUUUUUUUAGUUGAACAAAUAUAAUGGCAGAUUUUUUUCUAAACCCUUCUUGUAUGUCCUUUUUUCCAUGACAACAAGAAUUAAAAAAAAAAAGGUCUGUGUAUUUCAAAGUGCAAGGUAAACAACUAAUGGAUGAUAAAUGGAAGAACAGAUUUAUUUGUUCAGUGUGCAGAAGGAAUGAAAAUUAUUAAUUUAUGGGUGUUAUGCCAUGACUUAUAAUAGAUUUACGUUCAUAGUUUCUGAAUAAAACUGGCGAAUUGGAUCAAGUGCAGCAGUUUGGUUUCCCCCCUUGGAUGCUGAUCUUUUUCUGCCGUCGGAUUUUGGAGUGUCUGAGACUCACUCACCAUAUCGAACUUGCGCACUGAUUUGACAGCAGCUCGUCUUGACUCUCCAGGUUUCAUCUCUCCUAAUUUUUUCUUUCUUAGCCUUUUUAAUA